AUGGUGCCUAAGUCGAUAGCGGAAGCGGAGGGAGGAAGCGGUGCUGACGUAGGGGUUCGAUCUCGCCGUCUUCGUCUUCGUCUUCAUCGUCUUCCACAGCUAGUCGAGCCCUCAUCUCUUUCAUCUUCUUCCGCCGUAAUCUCCUCAUUUCCUCUUCGCUCUUCUCCUCUCCUCUCCUCUCCUCUCCUCCUCUCCCUCAUUCCCCCAUUGCCCUCUCCACCGCGCACACCAGCUGUUCAAUCAAAAGCCUUAACCAAGUCGUUCCUGAUAGAAGAAUUUCUUCUGUUUCCAAUAAAGUCCAACCCAAAAGCCGUGGUUUCAAGUGACACAGAGAUUUCAGUCGGUGGAGAAUCUGAUGUACUGAAAACAGUAUCUGAUAUUAUCCACUUCUUCCGCUAUCCACUAAUUCAAGAAAGUGCAACUGUUGAACUUCUUAAGAAGAUCCAGCAAAAAAUUUCUAGCAAUAUUAUUGGUUUAAAAACUGAGCAAUGCUUUAAUAUUGGACUUAAAUCUGAGUUGUCCACAGAAAAAAUAGACAUACUGAAGUGGCUUCUGAAGGAGACAUUUGAGCCAGAAAAUUUGCAGUCAAAAAGUUUUCUUGAGAAAGAGAUCCACCAAGCCAUGCCUACUGUAUUGAUUGAGGUUGGACCACGCAUGUCUUUCACCACAGCUUGGUCAGCAAAUGCUUUGUCUAUUUGCCAAGCAUGCACGCUAACAGAGGUAACCAGGAUGGAGAGAUCAAGAAGAUACCUUCUGUACCUACGGGCUGGAAGCAAUCCACUGGAGGACAACCAAAUUAAUGAGUUUGCAUCAAUUGUUCAUGAUAGGAUGACGGAGUGUGUUUAUCCCAAGAAGCUCACAUCAUUUAGCUCGACCAUUGUUCCAGAAGCAGUUAGUUUUGUUCCGGUCAUUGAACAUGGAAGGGAGGCUCUGGAGGAUAUUAAUAUGAAAAUGGGUCUUGCAUUUGAUGAGCAUGACAUUCAGUACUACACAAGCCAAUUUAAAGAUGAUAUAAAGCGUAACCCAACAACAGUUGAACUCUUUGAUAUUGCUCAGUCAAAUAGUGAGCAUAGCAUGCAUUGGUUUUUCAAUGGAAAGCUUGUUAUAGAUAGGCAGCAGAUGGAUAUGACUCUCAUGCAGAUUGUUAAGAGCACUUUGAGGGCAAAUCCAAACAACUUUGUUAUUUGUUUCAAGGACAAUUCAAGUGCUAUUAAGGGUUUCCCUGUCAAUUCAUUACGCCCGACAUCACCUGGCUCCACAUCUCCUUUAUGCAGAAUAAUACGUGACCUUGAUAUUUUAUUUACUGCUGAAACACAUAAUUUUCCGUGUGCUGUUGCUCCUUAUCCUGGUGCAGAAACUGGUGCCAGGGGUUGCAUUAGGGACACACAUGCGACGGGUAAAGGAUCCUUUGUUGUUGCUUCAACAACUGGCUAUUGUGUUGGCAGCCUUCUUAUUGAAGGUUCAUAUGCUCCUUGGGAAGAUCCAUAUUUGGUGUAUCCAUCCAACUUGGCUUCUCCUCUGCAAAUCUUGAUUGAUGCAAGUAAUGGGGCAUCAGACUAUGGGAACAAAUUUGGAGAACCUUUAAUCCAAGAUUUUACAAGAACAUUUGGAAUGAAACUGUCUAAUGGAGAAAGGCGUGAAUGGUUGAAACCAAUUAUGUUCAGUGCAGGUAUUGGGCAGAUUGAUCACUCUCAUAUAUCAAAAGGUGAGCUAGAAAUAGGAAUGCUGGUUGUGAAAAUUGGAGGUCCGGCAUAUCGAAUCGGAAUGGGUGGUGGUGCUGCUUCAAGCAUGGUUAGUGGGCAAAAUGAUGAAGAUUUAGAUUUCAAUGCUGUCCAACGUGGAGAUGCUGAGAUGGCACAGAAACUGUAUCGUGUCAUCCGUGCAUGUGCUGAAAUGGGAGAAAGCAACCCAAUCAUCAGCAUUCAUGAUCAAGGUGCUGGUGGUAAUUGUAAUGUAGUCAAGGAGAUUAUUUAUCCCGAAGGUGCUGAAAUUGACAUCCGAGCUAUAGUAGUUGGUGAUCAUACAUUAUCAGUACUAGAAAUUUGGGGUGCUGAGUAUCAGGAACAGGAUGCUCUCUUGGUGAAACCUGAAAGUCAUAGCUUGCUGCAAAACAUAUGUGAAAGAGAAAGAGUAUCUAUGGAAGUUUUGGGAAUAAUCAGUGGCAGCGGACGAGUUGUACUAGUAGAUAGCUCAGCUAUUGAACAAUGCCAAUCUAGUGGACUCCCUGUUCCGCCUUCAGUUGUGGAUCUUGAACUUGAAAAGGUACUUGGUGACAUGCCUCAGAAAUGCUUUCAAUUUAAAUGCACGCCACCAGUUCUGGAGCCUGUUGACAUUGCCCCUGGGACCACGUUAAUACACUCACUGAAGCGGGUUUUGAGGGUUCCUUCAGUUUGCUUAAAACGCUUCUUGACAACAAAAGUUGACAGAUGUGUAACAGGGCUUGUGGCUCAGCAACAGACAGUUGGACCCUUACAAAUUCCGCUUGCUGAUGUAUCUGUUAUCGCUCAGACAUACACUGAUCUGAUAGGUGGCGCUUGUGCCAUUAGAGAGCAGCCUAUCAAAGGUCUUAUAAAUCCAAAAUCUAUGGCGCGACUUGCAGUUGGUGAAGCAUUAACCAAUCUUGUUUGGGCUAAAGUUACAUCUCUUGGUGAUGUCAAAGCGAGUGGUAACUGGAUGUAUGCAGCAAAGCUUGACGGGGAGGGAGUAGCUAUGUAUGAUGCUGCUACAGCCCUUUCAGAAGCUAUGAUUGAGCUGGGCAUAGUGAUAGAUGGGGGAAAAGACAGUCUCUCUAUGACAACUCACGCUGGUGGUCAGGUUGUCAAGGCUCCCGGAAAUCUUGUUAUCAGUGCCUAUGUUACUUGUCCUGACAUAACAUUGACAGUGACUCCAGACUUGAAGCUGGGAGAUAAUGGUGUUCUAUUGCAUAUUGAUCUGGCAAAAGGAAGACGACGAUUAGGUGGUUCUGCUCUUCUGCAGUCAUUUGACCAAAUUGGAAAUGAUUGCCCUGACCUUGAUGAUGUUUCUUACCUGAAGAAGGUUUUCAAUGUUGUUCAAGAACUAUUGGGUGAAAAAUUGAUCUCUGCUGGUCAUGAUAUCAGUGAUGGCGGGUUCUUAGUCUGUAUUCUUGAAAUGGCAAUUGCUGGGAACUGUGGAGUGGAACUGAACCUGAGCUUUGGUCUUGUUAUUGAGGUUAGCUCGAAGAAUGUAGAUGUGGUCAAACAAAAGCUGGAAGCUGCUGGUGUUUCUAGUGAGAUCAUCGGCAAUGUUACUGCAUCACAGAUGAUUGACUUAUCAGUUUACGAUGCAGUUCAAUUGAAGGAAGAAAUGCCUCAUCUCAGGGAUUUGUGGGAAGAAACUAGUUUCCAUUUGGAGGGAUUUCAAAGGUUAGCUUCCUGUGUAGAACUGGAGAAGAAAGGUUUGAAGAGCAGGCACACUCCACUGUGGGAACUCUCCUUUACACCAAAAUUUACUGAUGAGGUAUUUAUGUCUGCUACUUUGAAGCCUAAAGUAGCUAUUAUUCGCGAGGAAGGGAGCAAUGGAGAUAGAGAAAUGUCCGCAGCAUGCUAUGCUACAGGGUUUGAACCGUGGGACAUCACAAUGUCUGACCUCUUGAGUGGUAAAAUUACAUUGGAUAACUUCCGUGGAAUCAUCUUCGUUGGAGGAUUUAGUUAUGCCGAUGUAUUGGAUUCAGCAAAAGGUUGGUCUGCAUCAAUAAGGUUCAACCAGCCUUUACUACAGCAGUUCCAAAAGUUCUACAACAGGCUUGAUACUUUCAGUCUCGAUGUUUGCAACGGGUGUUAGCUCAUGGCGCUUCUUGGAUGGGUACCGGGGGCUGAAGUCGGUGGUUCUUUAGGUGCUGGUGGAGACACAUCGCAACCGAGAUUCAUUCACAAUGAAUUAGGUCGUUUUGAAUGUCGCUUCACCAGUGUGCAGAUCGGAGAAUCUUCGGCUAUUAUGUUCAAGGGAAUGCAAGGUAGUACAUUGGGUGUUUGGUCUGCUCACGGUGAAGGGAGAGCAUUCUUUCCUGACGAUGAAGUCCUAAAUCGUAUUCUGAAGUCUGAUUUAGCACUUGUUCGAUACUGCGAUGACACCGGGAGUGUGACCGAACUCUAUCCUUUCAAUCCAAAUGGCUCGCCGCUCGGCAUUGCAGCUCUUUGUUCUCUUGAUGGACGGCAUCUUGCGAUGAUGCCGCACCCGGAACGAUGCUUCAUGAUGUGGCAAUUUCCAUGGUAUCCAGAAGAAUGGGAAGUUGAUCAGAAAGGGCCUAGUCCUUGGUUAAGAAUGUUUCAGAAUGCAAGAGAAUGGUGCUCUUGAAACAUGGUAUCUGAUUGAAGAUUGCUGUUAUUUGCUCUUUGAAUUCUGAAGUCAUAGAUAUACAUAACUUUUUUCUGAAAUAUAUCUGUUUAUAGAAGUUGUCUUCUUAUUUUUUCUGAUAUGUUACUGAGAAUUGAUGUCUUUUUAUCAUGAUGUUUAGAGUCAUGUUUUGAAAAAUAAUAGUAAUUUCUUCAAUUUUGAGUAUGUCAUGAGAAAUUUGGUCUUUGGAA